GCAAUUUGUUUUGUACUUGUUCGGCCAUUGUCAAAGAAUACUUACAGAAAAAUUAACAGAGUAGUGGCGGAAUUGUUGUGGCUGGAGCUUGUAUGGCUUGUUGAUUGGUGGGCUGGGGUUCAGUUUCCAUUUCUAUGCUACUUAGCUUUGAACGAUGCUGUUGGUGCAUAUGGGGCCUGUCACAUAAUUUAUGGAGCUUCUAGUUGUGGGACUUGCUUAGGGAGCAAUUAGCAGUUAAAGUGCAGCAAAACUACUAGGCAUUGGCUUGCCAGUCAAGGUGCAGAGGAGCCGUUGAAUCAUCUUAAACGUGCUCUUAUUUGUUUUGAGUUAUUGCUUGUGAUAUUGGUUUCUAUGAUUUUAUGGGUGUGAUCUCAUCCUCACAGAAUUUAUUCAGACUGGUGUAUGGAGACUAGGGAAUAAAGGCAAAUCCUAAUGGAUUGGUAUGUUAUGACACAUGACCUGGCAUAUCAUAACAGAAUUUCUGAAUAUUCCAAGAAUUUGUUAUGGGUCAUGUGACCCUCCUCCUAUAUAUAAGAGGUAGUACUCCUUACAUCAGUGGACCUUUUUACAACACAGAACCUUAGAGAGGUCAUCCUUGAGCUCCGUAUUGUGUCUUUGUUUCUAUGGUGCUCUGUUGCCUCUCUCACUAUGCUGGGAUGCUGUUUUUCACGGGACAUCCCCUUUGCCUCUGGCAUUUGUGAAGCGUGCUUCCACUCCCUAGUUGGCCCUCUGACCCCUUGUCAACAACUACAUGCAAACUUGGUUUCCAUUAGCACUUGUUGAUCCCUUUCUUCUUUCAAUGACUUCAGAUGAUGUAUUUUAUUGGUCUUUCGAUUUUUGAAUAUAUAUAUAUAUUUGAUAAAUAAUUAACCAAAUAUUAUUAAUAAAGUAUCAAGAUGAUGCAACGAAUACAGAGAACUGAAAAGAGAAAACCAACUCCUACCCAAUCACAUCAUCUAAAAAAUCUGAAAAAGCAAACAUAUGUGGAUCAACCUUCCGUUCAACCAAGCUAUACAAAACUAUAAGUAAACGACUCUAAAGCCAAGACACAGAAUGAGACACGUCUUCAAACAUCCGUCUAUUCCGCACCAACCACAUCAAACACGAUGGGGCCAAAGCCCAAACAUGCCGCCUUCGACGACCAGCCCGAGCCCCACGCCAACUCCACAACAUGUCCCAUAUCCCCCGUGAUUGUACCCAAACAAUUCGAAAAAGAGAACAUAAAGAUCUUCACAAACGAAAAGUCGCACGACAAUGCAAGAACAAAUAGUCCACAGUUUUUGCAUCUUCAUAGCACAUACAACACUUAUUAACUAAAAUAUGACCACGUCGCAUCAAAUUAUCAAGAGUGAGAUUCCGACCCAAAGCUGUUGUCCACAUAAAAAAAGCCACCUUAGACGGAGCCUUCGGAACCCAAAUACUCUUCCGAGGAAAAUCCCAUCCCACCUCCCCUACCAAACUCCAGUAGAAUGAUCAAACAGAAAAACGGCCCUUAGCCCCCCCAACCUUCCACACCAACGCAUCCUCCUCCACCAACCCAAUCUCUCCCACUCUUGCCACCCCCAACCCGUACAAGUAACCCCAUAACUCCACCAACUGAGUGACCUCCCAAUCCUGAACUUGUUGUCGUAACCUAAUAUCCCAAACCACCACAUUCCCAUUUCCCAAAUAAGAUGCCACCAUAGCCUCCUGAUCCACCGCAAUAUUGAAGAUCAAAGGGAAACGAUCUUUCAUCAAAAUGGCCCCACACCACUGAUCCUUCCAAAAUUGCACCCUCAACCCAUCCCCUAUCCGGAACCCCACCCGUUCAAAGAACUCUCUCCCUAACCAAAUUCCUUUCCAUAACCCACAACAAUGAGAUUUAAUCACCCCCCUAGUCCCCCAAUCCCCCCUAACCAACCCAUAUUUCACCGCCACCACCUUUCUCCACACCCGUUCCGACUCCCAAGCAAACCGCCACAUCCAUUUACCCAACAAAGCUUUAUUAAAAGUUACCAUUCUCUGCACCCCUAAACCCCUUGCCACUUUGGAUUGGCAAAUCCUCCCCCAAUCCACCAAAUGAUACCUAAAAACUUCCCCUCCACCACCCCAUAAGAACUCCCUUUGCAGCGUCUCAAUCCGCCGCACCACAAACACUGGAAUAACAUGCAAAGAUAUAAAAUACGUCGGAAUGCUGCUCAACACAAUCUUUAUCAAAGUCAAUCUUCUUCAUUUUGAAAGAUAUUGUCUCUUCCACCCUGCUAAUCGGCGCUGAAUGCGUUCCACGAACCCUUCCCAUACUCUAGUUGCCUUAAACGUCGCUCCCAAUGGCAAUCCCAAAUAAGCCACUGACAAAGCCGAUACCCUGCACCCCAACAUUGCUGCUAACACUGGCGUCCCCUGCUCCGUCGUCGCUGUUCCUUCUUCUACCGUCCCCAUCGUUGGCAGAUGUUGCUCGGCACUGUUGCGUAGAAACUCAUGGACCUGACUUACUGAGGGAUCCACCAUCUGACCUGCUGGUUCGAGCCCAACCUCGUUCUCAUGGCCCACCACAGAAAUUUCCUUGGGCCCCACUGGAAUCGAGCCCACCAUGCCGUCCACAGGCCUUACAACUUCUUUUUCUUGGACUUUUUUAUUUCCUUGAUCCAUUGGGCUUAAUCCCACGGGUCGGUUGCUUUGGAUCCUCCACCCAUUGACAACCCGCUUCCCCUUAAAAGGCAUGGGACGCAGAUCACACCCUUGAUGGCCCCCAAAUCUCUGAAUUGUAAGAUGAUCCCCAAUUCUACGCCAACUUUGCUGAUCUUGCCGCACCAAAUCCGUACCUUCCAUUCCGAUUCAUCCUCCACCCCACCGAGCUGCUGUCAGUAAAUCAAACUCCACCGAUGGCCCUGUCUUCGACCAGAGGGCAGAACAUAGCACCAAGAACCCCAUCGAAGUGAAAUCUGUGAUGGAAUCCCAUUCGCCAAACCUUGAACCUUCAUCCGAACACAACCCAACAAAUCCAUCGCCUCAUCCACCUCUAUAAAGCUGCCACACCGAUCCCCAAUGGCCCGAUACGCCGCCAUUCCAUGAAGAUGAAUUGGCAGACCUAGAACCUGAAUCCAAUUACUUUGCUUUGGCGUCGGCUAACUCUGAAAAAAUGCAGCUGGUGACCACCAGUCCAAAACUAGAUCUCACCUACCAAUGGUCCAUUUGCGUCUCAACACAACCUCUGCAUCUCUCCUUGAGGAGAAUAUAAACAAGAAAAAUUGGCCUCCCACCCCAUGGACCUCCACCUCUUCGUGUGGUUUCCACCAUCAAUGCACCCAAUCGAUUACCACCGAAACCCCUAAUCCCUUUUCGCUUGCCACCUCCACCCUUCCCACUAAUGCCCUAUCCGACACCCUUAGCCACCCCUCUUCUGUUUCUUCUAUGAGCACCACAUUGUCGCCCUCAUCCCACCUAGAAACUGGCCCCCCCUUCAGGAUCAUCUCCUUUGGCACCUCCUUUUCUACAGUUCUGUUUUUCUUCACCCAACCAUCCCCAAACCCAAAACCCUCAACCACUAAAGCAACCUCGUCCCACCCAUCCCCAAAAUUGGAUUUCGGUACGAAAACAUGUUCCCUUUUGUUACCGGUCGUGACCGUUAUCUGCACCGACGAGCCACCAUCAGUCUCCCCUUGAGCCACAUAGCCACCGUACGUGUGCAGCCAACAAGGUGGCCUAAAAAUGCCAAUCGACCUAGAUCCCGGGAUGCUUUUUGGAGUUUGGAGCACAACCAACUCACUUCAAAGCCACAUAGAACGAUUGCCCUUUGGAGGCCUUGCCCCUGUCCAACAAUCGACAAGCGGCGGCGCCCAAUUUGGUCCUCCUCCUCCUCCUCCUCGAGUUCAAACGAAUGACCUCCUAGAAAGAGGAUCCUUCGGCGGCGUCUGUUUUCCGCUGAGAACUUCAUUCGAUGAUUAAACUCUUCACAGAUUCAGAAACUUUUCGAUUAAUGGGUAAAGAACAUGCACUUGUCGUAUCGAAUCACAAAAGCGACAUUGAUUGGCUUGUUGGAUGGCUUUUGGCUCAGCAGCGAUCAGGUUGCCUUGGUAGUGCAUUAGCUGUAAUGAAGAAAUCAUCAAAAUUCCUUCCGGUCAUAGGUUGGUCUAUGUGGUUUUCUGAGUAUCUAUUUCUUGAAAGAAGCUGGGCUAAGGAUGAAAAAACUUUAAAGUCAGGUCUUCAGCAGUUACAGGAUUUUCCUCGGCCGUUUUGGUUGGCACUUUUUGUAGAAGGAACUCGCUUUACACAGGCAAAGCUUAAAGCAGCUCAGGAGUAUGCAGCUUCAGCAGGGUUGCCUGUUCCUAGAAAUGUUUUGAUUCCUCGUACCAAGGGUUUUGUUUCAGCAGUAAGUGAGAUGCGCUCAUUUGUUCCGGCCAUUUAUGAAGUGACUGUUGCUAUUCCAAAAAGUUCGCCUCCACCUACAAUGCUUAGGCUCUUCAAGGGGAAGUCUUCUGUGAUGCAUGUACACCUCAAGCGGCAUUUAAUGAAGGAUUUGCCUGAAACAGAUGAUGCUGUCGCCCAAUGGUGCAGAGAUAUGUUUGUGGCCAAGGAUAAGUUAUUAGACAAGCAUAUAGCUGAGGACAUUUUUAGUGAGCAAGAACAAGAUAUGGGUCGGCCCAUAAAGUCUCUUGUGGUCAUUAUCUCCUGGGGAUGUCUGCUCAUUUUUGGGGCCUUAAAAUUCUUCCAGUGGACUUCACUUCUAUCCACAUGGAAGGGUAUGACAUUCUCGGCAAUUGGGUUGGCCAUUGUUACGGUCCUUAUGCAGAUAUUGAUCCAAUUCUCUCAGUCGGAGCGCUCAACUCCUGCCAAGGUCACCCCAGUGAAGCCCAAGAACGGAGGAGAGCCUUCAAGAACAGGACAAGAUAAACACAAGUAGGUCUCUCAGCUUGUUUUCCAGACAUCAUAGUUGUCUGGUUCAUCUUUGGCAUUAGACGAUAAUAGUGUUUAUCCUUUAAAAAACAUGUAAUUUUUUUUUUUUUCCUUUUCUCAAGUGGGGUGACAUUGUGCUUAGUUUUUGUACCACCACAUGGAUUACUUUUGUAUCAUUCAUUGAUUGCCAUUUCAGUUUAGGUUAUAUUUGUAUACCUGAAAUGUCUAGGAGUUUUCCUUCUUGUUCCUUCUCCCCUCUGUGGAGUGUAUACAUAAUUUAAUUACAAAAUCGGACGCAAUUCUCUCACAUGGAGUGGGACUAUGUAUUUAAUGGGUCUCAUCUUGUGUGAGGUCCACUUCUUCAAUGCA